AUGAGACCCCAUGGGGAAAGGACUCCUCACUGCUACCUUUUAUUAAAAACAAAGAGCCUCGGACCUGGAAAGGGCCUUGGAGAUUGUGGGGGUCCGUCCAGGAAACUGGCUGAGGAGCACUGGAGCAAGAGACCAAAACCAGCCAAGUCGGGGACGGAAGGGAAGGAAAGGGUUGAACAGUGCACAGAAAGACAAAGAACAGGCAGUUCCAAAGAGCCAAGAACGCAAAUCAUUUGCAGACGCCAGUGCGAGCCUCAACCUCCAAGGCUCCUGUGGGAGUGCCUGUCGCUGUGGGCUUAG